CAGAAAACGGAAAUUUACUCCGUGGAGCUCAGUGGAAGGAACGAUGUGGAGAAAACAGACAUGGGGGAUGACAAGGGGAAGCACAAGGGCCUGAGAAAGAACCGCUGGGAGCUCAGGAAGGAUCAGCAGAAAGAGGAGCUUAAGAAGGAACUUGAUCUGGAUGACCACAAACUCAGCAGUGAGGAACUGGAAAUGAAAUAUGGUACAAACAUCACUAUGGGUCUCUCCAGCGCCCGGGCUGCUGAGCUCCUGGCUCGCAAUGGGCCCAAUGCCCUCACCCCUCCCAAGGAGACCCCGGAGAUUGUCAAGUUCCUGAAGCAGAUGGUGGGGGGAUUCUCCAUCCUGCUGUGGAUAGGGGCCGUCCUCUGCUGGAUCGCCUAUGGGAUCCAGUACUCCAGCAAUAAGGCCUCCUCCCUGGACAACGUGUACUUGGGCUCCGUGCUUGCCCUGGUGGUUAUUCUAACAGGGAUCUUUGCUUAUUACCAAGAGGCCAGAAGCACCAACAUCAUGGCCAGCUUCCAUAAGAUGAUUCCACAGCAAGCUCUUGUCAUUCGAGACUCAGAGAAGAAGACAAUUCCAGCAGAGCAGCUGGUGGUGGGCGACAUAGUGGAGAUUAAAGGAGGAGACCAGAUCCCUGCGGACAUCAGGCUGCUGUCUGCUCAGGGGUGUAAGGUAGAUAAUUCAUCUCUCACUGGGGAGUCUGAGCCCCAGCCCCGCUCCUGCGAGUUUACACACGAGAACCCCCUGGAAACAAAGAACAUCAGCUUCUUCUCGACCACCUGUCUGGAAGGCACGGCGACUGGCAUGGUCAUCAACACGGGUGACCGUACCGUCAUCGGGCAGAUCGCCUCGCUGGCUUCAAGAGUCACGAAUGUAAAGACACCCAUUGCCAUCGAGAUCCAGCACUUUGUUCACAUUGUGGCAGGAGUGGCCGUGUCCAUUGGCGUCCUUUUCUUCAUCAUCGCGGUGUCCAUGAAGUAUCAGGUCCUGGACUCCAUCAUCUUCCUCAUUGGCAUCAUUGUGGCCAAUGUGCCUGAGGGUCUCCUGGCCACUGUCACUGUGGCCUUGUCCCUGACUGCAAAGCGGAUGGCCAAGAAGAACUGCCUGGUGAAGAACCUGGAGGCGGUGGAGACGCUGGGAUCCACCUCCAUCAUCUGCUCGGACAAGACGGGGACUCUGACCCAGAACAGGAUGACCGUGGCCCACCUGUGGUUCGACAACCAGGUCUUUGUGGCGGACACUAGUGAAGCCCAUUCGAAUCAAGCCUUCGACCAAAGCUCUGCAACCUGGGCCUCCUUGUCGAAGAUAAUAACGCUGUGCAACCGAGCUGAGUUCAGACCCGGCCAGGAGAGCGUCCCCGUCAUGAAGAAAGUUGUGGUUGGAGACGCCUCAGAGUCUGCUCUUUUGAAAUUCUCAGAGGUGAUUUUGGGUGAUGUGAUGGAAGUUAGAGAAAGAAACCGCAAAGUAGCUGAAAUCCCUUUUAACUCAACCAACAAAUUUCAGCUCUCCAUACACGAGACAGACGACCCCGACGACAAGCGUUUCCUCCUGGUGAUGAAAGGGGCCCCUGAGCGGGUCCUGGAGAAAUGCAGCACCAUCAUGGUCCACGGCCAGGAGCAGCCUCUGGACCAGAGCACCGCCAAGGCCUUCCACACAGCAUACAUGGAGCUGGGAGGCCUGGGGGAGCGCGUGCUGGGUUUCUGUCAUCUCUACCUGCCAGCAGAUGAGUUUCCAGAAACCUACUUGUUUGAUACAGACGCGAUGAACUUCCCUACCUCCAACUUCUGUUUCGUGGGCCUCCUAUCCAUGAUUGACCCACCUCGGUCCACGGUUCCUGAUGCAGUCACCAAAUGCCGGAGCGCGGGGAUCAAGGUCAUUAUGGUUACGGGUGAUCAUCCAAUCACGGCCAAAGCUAUUGCCAAGAGUGUGGGGAUAAUUUCGGCCAACAGCGAGACCGUAGAAGACAUCUCAAAGCGCCUCAACAUUGCUGUGGAGCAAGUUAACCAGCGGGAUGCCAAGGCCGCCGUGGUGACCGGCAUGGAGCUGAAGGACAUGAGCCCAGCACAGCUGGAUGAGCUCUUAACCAACUACUCAGAGAUCGUCUUUGCCCGGACGUCCCCCCAGCAGAAGCUGAUCAUCGUGGAGGGCUGUCAGAGGCAGGAUGCUAUUGUCGCUGUGACGGGGGAUGGAGUUAACGACUCUCCAGCUCUAAAGAAGGCAGACAUUGGGAUUGCCAUGGGGAUCACAGGUUCUGACGCAGCCAAAAAUGCAGCCGACAUGGUCUUGCUGGAUGACAACUUCGCGUCCAUAGUCACAGGGGUGGAGGAAGGCCGCCUGAUCUUUGACAACCUGAAGAAGACUAUCGCGUACACCCUGACCAAGAACAUCGCUGAGCUCUGCCCCUUUCUUAUCUACAUCAUCGCCGGCCUGCCCCUGCCCAUUGGCACCAUUACUAUCUUGUUCAUCGACCUGGGCACAGAUAUAAUCCCCUCCGUUGCCCUGGCUUAUGAGAAAGCUGAGAGUGACAUCAUGAACAGGAAGCCUCGUCACAAGAAGAAGGACAGACUGGUGAACCUGCCCCUGGCCGUGUACUCGUACUUGCACAUUGGCCUCAUGCAAGCCCUGGGAGCUUUCCUUGUGUACUUCACCGUGUACGCACAGGAGGGCUUCCAACCCAGCACCCUCAUUAACCUCCGGGUGGAGUGGGAAAAGGACUACGUGAACGACUUGGAAGACAGCUACGGGCAGGAGUGGACGAGUUACCAGAGGAAAUACUUAGAAUGGACGGGCUACACCGCCUUCUUCGUUGGCAUCAUGAUCCAGCAGCUGGCAGAUCUAAUUAUCAGGAAGACCCGCAGGAAUUCCAUCUUCCAGCAGGGCCUGUUCAGAAAUAAAGUCAUCUGGGUGGGGAUCGCCUCGCAGAUUAUCAUCGCGUUGAUCCUCUCCUAUGGCCUGGGGAGUGUCACAGCCCUGAACUUCACCACGCUCCGGGCUCAGUACUGGUUCGUGGCUGCGCCGCACGCCGUCCUGAUCUGGGUGUACGACGAGGCGCGGAAGCUCUUCAUCCGGCUCUAUCCGGGAGGCUGGUGGGAUAAGAACAUGUAUUAUUGAGACCACCUUACUUCCCAAGCCUGCCAGCCUCACGCGGGGGUUCUUCAUCUGCCAGCCACCAGCUGGGCGAGUGCUGCCGUGGGGACGUCGUCAGAAUGCAUUUAAGAGGACAGAACUGUAUAAAAGAUACUCAGUGGUGUUUUGUAAUGUAACGCAGAGAUUUAACUGUUUGUAUAUGAUUUUCGUUUAUACAUCUAGCUCCUUAUUUAAGCAUAUGUGGGUUUCAAGGUGGUGGUGUAAGGAAGAAUGACGUGUUUAUGUGUGUAUAAAGCUCACCCGUGUUCAACAGUCUCAAGGAAUCCAGGCAUCUGCUGGGGUCUCCCUGUCCUUUGAACUCUAGGGAAGGUUGCUCAGACCUCCACAACCUAUUAAAAGGCCAGUGGCCUCCCUGAGAUCCCUGUGAAUCCCCGGAGAACUUAUUUCACGGUCACCUUGCUCAAAAAAGGCUAAUUCAGCAAGACGUUGGCAAGAGAUGGGCGUGAUGACAGGUUUACUUCCCAGCAACCUGGACAACCUCAGUUUGCCUCUGAGGCAUCCUUCUUAAAGGUCCUCAUUCCUGCUCACCACCUGGCCAAUCCUCUGGUGCCCUCCCUCCUCCCAGGUCACCCUCCACCCCUCUGCCAACUCCAAAACGAAGCUCCAAAUGCUCCCUUGGUCCAAAGGGGUUUUCAUUUACCAGGAUUCAGCCUCAGUGGAGGUCCACCAUGGUUUAAAAUGUCGUAUUCAUUUCCUAUGAGAUAGUCACAAAGCGUUCUGCAGCACUUACUGUACAUUUUGUGCUUCUAUUUAGUUUAUUCGUGUGUAACCACACCCAUGUUGAGAGCUCCAGUGAAAGAUGUUUUAUAAAACCAGGCCUGAUUGUGGAGUUCUAAUUAAUUUGAGUUUGUAUAAAACACAGAGCAUAGGACACAAAAAAGUGAGAUGUGAUUUCAAUUUUUUUUUUUUUAAUUUUUUCUGGUCACUUUACUUCUUGUGGAUAGUCUGAACUCUUCCCUCACCAGCAUCCCUGCUUUGUCUCCCAUCUGAUGUGCCCACAUUUCUAACUCAGAAUUUCUGUAGGGGGCUACACCUUUCAGCAGCAGCAUGCUAGGGAAAGCAGUUUUCACAGCCUUUCCAUCAUCGGCGGCACUCCCAGCACAAACUGAUUUGACAGAACCUGAAAAUUACACUCCGUAAGCUUUUCCCAUUGUGGGGGCUGCCCCCCACCCCACCUCUUCUCCAUCAUUCACUUACAAGGAUGUCUUGCUGCUGACCGUGCCAGGUUGUGUCUCUGAGCAGGAAAAGGGAGUCUCAGAGUUCUGUGCUGUUUUCUUGGGGUACAGUGUACUUCAUGUAAAUAGGUUUUAAUAUGCUGUGUUACUGUGUGUGUAUAUUUAAGUUAAAACAGUGUUGCUGUUCUCCAGGUUUUUAAUCUCUGUCUUCAGCCACAAUAUCAUUGGACUAAUCUGAUGUCCAGUGAACUGGAACCCUUUCCAGGCAGCAUCAUGACAGCCUUCUCAUUCCAGUCUUGACAGGGUAGCAAUGCUUUCUAAAGUGCGGCCACAAGUAACCCAUCCUCACUCUUCCUCCUGCUGGGCUGUCUGCCUGCCCCCAGCUGUGAUGGCCAGCUGCUCUUGGUCCUGCCAGAGCCAGUGGGAGAAGCCUGUCGAUGAUGCACAAAGCUGUAAGUGGUUUAGCUUGGGGCUGGAAUCAGUUUGAAAGGAGUUAAAUUUGAAGGAGAAGUCUCUUCACAGCAGGAACUCUGUCUGGAAUAACUUUCAUAUUGUACAUACCUACUCUUGCAAAAAGUUGACACUCAAGUAUUUAUAAAAUGAAUAAAUAACAGAGUCAAGCCAGAAAUGAGACUGGUAUAUCUAGUAGCUUUAUUAAGUUGUAGACAGAAAGGGGGCAAUAUGGUCUCAGACCAAAGGGUCCAUUUGGCAGUGGUGGUGUUGUUUUGGAGGGACU